AUGGUCCGCAUUCGGGUCGCCGCUCGUAUCUUCCCGGAAGAUGAAUAUCUCCGGCACCUUCGAAUGCAAAAACCGAUUUCCGCACCAGUGAAAGGUGAGAAGCGCUUGGUGGUCGUUGUCAGAGAUCCGUACCAAUGGCAGAUCGGCACGCUGCUCCUCGAGAUCAAGAGGUCAUAUAAGAGUUGCUAUGGGCGGUCAGUUCUUUGCUUAGCCAGACUGUUUCGUACUUCGGCUGACACAACUGAAAGCGAGCUACCGACCGUCAAAUAUCUGAAGGACUCCGACGACUUCGACAUCUCUCCUCAGUCCUAUGUUUCCGAUGUGCUGCUGGACGAGGGCCGGGCCCAAACCGAUGCUUCAGACCAGCGUGUCACGGUCAAUGUCGUCGCGGAACAAGGUCGGACGGUGCGUGAGGGUUCCGUCGCGGUGGGCAGCCAAUUGGACGACCCCAGAUAUCAGAUGCAGCUCGAACAGACAUCGCGUCCGCCUAUUCCUACCUUCCCGGUUGUUCCCUCUCCGCUGGGCAAACGCGCUUUCGAGCCGUCAGACCAGCAGCCUUCAACUGCAGUAGGAGCAAAAAGAGCAAGGACGGUCGAAAUACCAGAGACGCUGAGCGAAGAACAACAAGUACUCUCCUCCAUUGAGCACGAUGAGCUUCAGGAGCCCAACGGCAUAGUAGUGGAAGCUACACAAUAUUCGGACCCAGACAAAGAGGAUGUCCGCCGUGGGAGUGUUGUAGAGCCAAAAGAUGAGUCUCCUGAACUGCGGAGGUUGCUGGAGAAUGUCCCGCCAGCCACUGUCGACGAGCUCGAGAUAUUGGCCGAACAACCCCCGGAAUCUUCUUUCACUAAGAAGCAAGACUCGGCCCGAACGCAAAGCUCGCCCUCUUCAGGCAAGCCUAUUGGGAUCUCCAAGCCCACGGUCACCCUAGGCCAGCAGCUACAGAAGCAGGCACAGGCACCCGUGACACCCCCUUCGAAUACCUUCAGAAGACAGUCGAAUCCCGCCAGCCUGCAAAGGCGUCGAUCAGAAGAUGCGGCCAAGUCUUCUGCUCAGCCCCCGUCAGAGUCGGCAAGCAAAUUCAAGCGCAACGAUCUAUAUGACUACCCGGAAUCGGAAAUCGACGACUCCCAGAUGUCACCACGUUCGAGGCAAGCACAACUGAGUCACAGAAAGUCCAGUGAUCGGUUGUCCCGCAUCGAAGGCCUAAAAUCUCCGCAGGACAAUAGAGGAGGAGACAAUGCGCUUAGCAUUAGCCAGGCGAUUGACACCCUGGACGACGGGUCGGUAUUUGAUGAUGAGAGACCUGUGGAGCAAACUUUCAAGACGCCUGAGAUCAUCCCACGCAAAGCCAGUGCUAGUCACAGUGACGCGGCGGAGUCAAGUAUCUACGAGGAUCCCGAGACGGGCGAUGUUCCAGUUACCGGGCAUGGCAUGGCCACAGACGGACCUAGUGGGAGGGUUACCUCGAACUUUGUCCAAGUAAAUGGCCGUGAAGAAGGGGCCUUGAGUGUAGCAGCUUCGCAACCCAAGCAGGAUGCUGCAGCAGAAGAGUCACGGGACAAGAAAGCUCUGGCUCCCAUUAAACAUACCCGGGUCAACAAGCGGCCCAAUUCAGUCGAGGCUGAUGAGAGUACCGGAGCGGGCCCUCCUAGAGUAAAGAAAAGGCGUAAGCGUGGCAGCACGAGCGUGGAUGGCGAUCGGCGCUCCAGUUUCAAUGGUUCCAAUAACAGAUCUACACACUCCGAUGCAGCCAAUGCCACAAAGUCCACAACAAAAGAGAAGAAGUCCGGUAUGACAGCCAAAGUUUCCAGGACCACCUCCAAUCUGGACAGCCCGGGAGAACAAUUGUCACACGAUCUGCGAGAACUAACACAAAAGCUUUCCACGGAAGCCUUGAAAAAGAAGCUUGCAAAUGAUCAGAAAAAGCCAAAUGCAACUCCCGGCAGCAAGGGCAAGCAAGCUGUGGCAGAUGGUAUAAGAAAGACUGAGCUGAAAACUCCUAAUGGUGGACCACCAGGGCAGACUGCAUCCGCCGGGCCACGUGGGAAGAUCAUCAAGAAGCUACCAGAUAGAAAUCAAGCCAGCUCUCCUGCUCCAGGCGUUGUCGUACAACGUGCGGAGGAACAGGCAGGUAGCUCUUCCGCACCGACAAAGCCUCUUCCAAACUGGGGUUCAGAAGCACCACUCGCUCCAGCGAACAAGCAACCUCCAGCGAAAGACAGAGAACAUAGGCUGAAUGUUGACAAGCAGGACGACUCGAGGAAAAGCCCUUCGACCGGUCUAGGGUUGACCGCCGAAGAAAUCAGGACCAUGGAAAGUCGCAAAAACAUGACCAAAGAGCAAUACGAAGCGGAGAAGAAGCGGAAACAGCAAGAGGCCAGGAAGCAGGCAGCGGCUGCUAAAAAGAAGCCUACCACUGAUAAAACUGUGGUCAACGAGUCGAAAAAGGGGUCAGAACCAUCCGCGGAAGACGCUGAGCCUGCGACAGCCUCGACCAAGAACAAGGCUCGCAAGAGUCUCUCAUCUGAGGAGGAUCCGAAAACUUCCAUGUCACAAAGUGCAACCGACGCAUCUGCUGUCAAUGCCGAGAACAGACAGACAAAAUCUUCCCCUGCCCCCGCAACCACUGGCAAAACAAAAUCUUUCAGACGUGAAUCGACCGGUGCCAGCUCUUCCAGAUUAUCCAAUGCGGAGUCUAUGCUUCCACCAAAAACGCCUGCAAAGGCUGCCGCCAAAAACCCUCUUGCAAAAGCAGCUACCACCAGCAAAACCCCCAAACCCUCUGUACAGCAACCUAACGGGGAGAAAAGACCUACAAAGACGCCUUCCAAGAGUCCAUCCGUCAAGUCCACAACCAUCAGCAAGGCACCAAAGGCCGCUUCCCAAAACUCACCAGCGGAGGGAAGGCCAAGCGCAGUGACCAAGAAACCUGCACCGACAUCGUCUGACCCUUCGAAUGUCAAUGCCAAAGCCACCACGACCACCAACACACAUUCCAAAAGUACUUCGGUACCGGGACCGUAUAACCUGCGCCUAAGUGACCUUCGCGAGGUCGUUCGUAGUGGCGAAAAAGCCCCCGAAUCCAACCAAGGGACCCUGCUCGCCCGCAUAAAUCAGAGUCAGAAGUCGUCAGUCUUUGAAGUUGAUGAUGAUGAUGAUGAUGACGACGAUGACGACGACGACGAGGAGAGCGACUCCAGCGAAGGGGACCAGAGACCUCAAGCUGCUGCCAAAGUGGUAGCCAGACGCCCCGAGAUAAAAGUUCCGACGAAGCAACGUCUUCCAGAGGAUGAAGAGGACGACGAUGAUGAUGAAGAUGAUUCCUCUUCCUCUUCCUCUUCAUCUUCUUCAGAGGACAAAACGGACAAAAAGCCAAAGAACGGGAGACUGUUGCUCCCCAACGGGCGGAGCGCGAAGGGGAAAUCGAGACCGGUAGCGGUAUCGAGGCCGACGCUUAAACAGUCAGGCCGCCCAGAUCCGAGCAUUCGAGAUCAAAGCGUCGAGUCGGAUGCCGAGGAUGGUGAUGAAGACGAAGACGAGUAG